AUGGAAAGAAUAGACUAAAGCUAAUAGAUAUGCAGAUUUGGAUUAAGCUGCAGAUAGAGACUUGCAGGGUAAUGCGACAGAAUUCAUUAAAACUAAGAUUAAUCUCAAAUAAAUGAACCACCAAGAAGAGGAAGAGGAAUGCACUAUCAUCAUAACAGAGGAGGUGCAAUGAUUAAUAAUGAUGGGGUUUCAAUAGUAAAUAACAACGAGGAGCAAACACCAGACUUGAAUUAGGAUCAUUAAAAUAACCAUAGAGGUAGAGGUGGUGAUCAUCAUAGAGGAAGAGGUGGUGAUCAUCAUAGAGGACGAGGUGGUGAUCAUCAUAGAGGUAGAGGGGGUGAGAAUCAUAGAGGAAGAGGAAAUGAUAACCACCGUGGUGUUCGAGGUGGAUAUCAAAAUAUCUAAGAAGAUGGAGAUCAUGAUACUAUUUAGGAGAAUGAUUAAAUAAGAGGAGGCAGUAGCUAUUAAGGUAGAGGUGCAAACGGUGGAAGAGGUAAUUAUAAUCGAGGCGGAAAUUAUAGAGGAAGAGGUAGAGGUGACGUUGGUACCUUUACAAGAAAUGCCAAUAAUGUUGAGACAACAAGCAAUAACUAGUCUAAUUAGCCAUAAGAAACUAAUUAGAGAAGAGCCAGAUGUAAUCAUGGUAAAAGUUGUUGGAAAUUUGCACAAGGUAACUGCAAAUUCUUUCAUUCACCCUCUCAUUCCUAAGCAAGGUAGAAUUCAGAUGCACAAAGCUCUGGAGGAAGAGAGUAAUGUGAUUUAGGCUAUGCUUGUGACGAUGAAGAAUGUAGAAAUAUCAAAUGGCAUCCGAAUGAAGAUGAUAUCUCAGAAACUUAAUCUGAUAAUCAAUCCCAAAAAUCAUCAACCUAAUAGAAAUGCUCUCUAGACAAGCUCUGUCAAAAUGAACUAUGCAUUUUCAUACACUCAACUUCAACAGGUAGAAGUCUUAAAUUCGAAUUGAUGAAGGAGCUAAUGACUCCAGGCUAUCCUUAACAUAAUCCAAUGCCUUUCCAAACUAAUUCUAGGUAACCUCCCUAAAGAAGGCCUGCUCAAUAGGAGGAAGAAAAGAAGUAUUAUAAGGAAGAGGAAAAGAAAAAUGAAAAGAAGACCUAUAAAUUCAAAGACUUUUUAAAGCAAAAGUUAAAUGUUCAGAAAUAACUUCACGAACUUAAAAAAAUAUUCCCGAAUUAAAUUCUCAGUUUUGAUUUGGAGAAAAAGGAUGAAAUUAUCUUUGAAUAUGAUUCAUCGACGGAAAAGUGGGUCGAAGCUGAUUAAGCAGUAUAGAAGUAUAUGUUGCAGAGGAUCAAGCACAUUGUCAAAAGUACUAGCAAGAAUGAUGUAGAACACAUGACAAACCUAUUUACUGGAUAAAAAAGAUAAGAAAUCAAUUAAAUAGGAGCUACAUCUGUUUGGAUCUAGCAUGAUCAAGUAGAAGAAUCUAAAAAUAAUAAGUGGAAAAAGAUGAACCAUAGAAAUAAUUAAAAUACGAUUUCAAUCUAUGGUUUCAGAAUUGACAACGAUAAACUAAUGAAAAUUAAAAAGAUUCUAGAGUAAUAUCAAUUCUUAACAUACAAAAUGGAUUACGCUAUUUUUAAUAAGGUAAGAGAUAUAAGCGAAAAUCUCGUUCAUGUUUUCCACUACCUAAAGAAUAAUCAAAUAAUUGAGGAUAUCCUUAAAGACUCUUAACCUCCAAUCUAGCAAAAUGUUAAUUAUGACUCCAAAUUUUUGCAGAUCAAAGUUAAAAUCACAUUAUCCUAGUAUAAAGAUAUAAUAAACAAAGUCAAAACUGCUGUUUAAAAUAUCUAAACAAAAAAAUUCAGAAUUUCCAACUAUUUUAUUGUUACUUAGACCAGGUUACCUAAUGAUAAAACAAUAUAGAAGAUUUUAGAAGAUAAAUUUGAUAUUAAAAUAUCAGAUAUAGUUCAAAUUUUCGAGAUGAAUGAUUCUUAGCACUCAUAAUUUUCUAAUAGAAACAAUAAUCAAAACAAUAAUAAAAACAACCAAAGAUAGGGCAAAAAAGGAUGGCGGUAUGAUAGGAUUGAUGAGAGAUAGAAAAAACUUUAUGAAAUGAAAGACUAUGAAAUUCAGUUAACUGGCCCUGACCUAGAUUAGGCAGAAUAAUUCCUUAUGAAUAAACUGUCAUAAAUAAAUUGCCAAAAAGUCACCCUUAAUCAAACUAACAAUAGGGCAAUAGAAAGAAAAGCAAAAGAUUUAUUGCAAUAAGUACAGUAAGAAUAUGGAGUUUUGAUUUGGUUUGAUUUCCCCACAAUAUAUUCAGUUGGUAAAAAGAAUAAUAAUAGACUUUAAGAUGCUCUAAGAAAAUUCGUCGAUUUAGAGAUGGAGGACUAAAAAGCAAGAUAAAGAAGUACCAAACAAAUAAUAAUGCAAGAUGCUCCAAAUGCAUUUUUGGUUAAGAUACUAGAUGAUAACAAAGCAAAACUUCAACAAAUUGAAAGCAAAUAUCGAGUAAGAGUAACUUACAAUAAAAAUUGGUUCUAUAUAUCUGGAAGCUAAUAAGAUUGCGAAAAUGCUGGCUAAGAAAUUUCAAUAAUUUAAAUACAACUUUGCUAAGAUAUUAUUAAUAAGUAAAUCAUUGACAAAGAUCUUCUUAAGGCAAUGCAUAUGAAGGGAAUUAAGCAAUGUGAAAAUGAUUUCGGUGUUUAUAUCACCUCUGAGACUGUAGAGGAAUAAUAACAAAGAUAGAGGUCUCUAAUCAAUUAAAUCAAUCAUGGAAUUGUUGUAAAAUCACAAACUGAAGAUUAUCAAUGGUUUUAUGCUGUUCGACCUAGUGAUGCUAAUUAUUAUCAAAGACCGAAUAAAAAUGAAGAUUGGUUUCCCUUAGAUCCUGACUAAAACCGAUAAGUAGAAGGUCAUUAUAAAUCUUGUUGUCAGAAAAAUCUAUUUGGCCAAAAAUUAGAAAUUGUUGGAGAUCAAGAUAUGUAAUAAAACGGAUUCCAUUAUGAGGUAUGGGGAACGAGUCAUAAUCCAUCUACAUGGUAUGAAAAAAAUACUCGUUACAACAAUCCAAGAUAGCUUCGUAGAAAUGAUGUUUAGGCAUAGAUAAAAUAAUCAUCAUACGUUAACCCUAAUAUGCUUCACUCUGACAGAAUGGAUUAAAACAACCAACAAAAUAAUCCAAUUUAGAAAAAGGUUUGGUCAGUCAAAGGAAAGAAAUUAGAUGUUCAGAGAUUUGAAGAAGCGAUGAAGAAGUUUGUAAAUGACCCUACUAAUCAUAAAAGUGUGAUCAACUUGAGACAUUAUGAUAAAUGCUAAGGAAAAAUUAACUCUGUACUCUUUAACGAAUUGAAAUAAAUAGCAUAAAUAAAAUUCAAUACUCAAGCUAUCUUUAAUGGUGAUGGAACAUAAAUCACUCUCUAAGGUUUAAAAUGCAAAGAGGCCUAAGUUAUUAUUGAAAAAAUUCUCAAAUUUGCAAACGAAUAUAACGUUCCUGACCACUGGGAGUAAUUUGAUAAAAUGAUAGAUCAAUAUCUCUUGGUACUUGAUGUUUAGCAAGGAACAAAUGCUUGGAAUGUAAUUUAUAAUCAAUUUAGGUAAACAAUGCCAAAUGCAUAAAUUCUGAAGAUUUAAAGAAUCUAAAAUAAAAAAUUGUGGAGAACAUUUACUAUACAUUAGGAAGAUAUAACUGAUAAGCAUGGAAAAUAAGCAAACUAAUUUAUGCUUUAUCAUGGAACAAGAGCUACUCCACCAAUUGCUAUAUAUGAUAGUGAGGAAGGAUUUAAUAUGCUUUAUAGUAGUGGUGGAAUGUGGGGACAAGCUUGCUAUUUUGCGGAGAAGGCAAGUUAUAGUCAUAAUGGUUAUAAACAUCCAGUUGGUGAUGGAACAUUUUAAAUGUUUUAUGCUAGAGUAACUGUAGGUGAAUUCAAAAAGCUUGAUCCACUUAAUACACUCAAGAUGCCACCUCCAAUGGAGUCAAAACCAAAAUUGCUUUACGAUAGUGUGUAGGGUGAGACAAAUGGAUCCUCAGUAUAUAUGAUCUACUAAAAUAAAAAAGCUUAUCCAGAAUAUCUUAUAACAUAUAAGUGA